CAUAGAGUUGCUGAGUUUGGUUAGUAUGCUUUUUAAUAUGAUUUUGUUGAUCUUGUCAGCUUCGUGUAGCAAAGGGUUCAUUUUCUGUGAAAGGGUAAAGGAAAGACUACAAAGUCCAGCUGAUUAUCUAAAAUUCUUAACAUGUCUCCAUAUUUACAGCACAGAAACGAUCGCAAGGAACAAAUUACAAAGUUUGGUUGCUGAAAUACUUGGAAAAUACCUUGAUCUUAUGGAGGGUUUCAAUGAAUUUCUGGAUCUUUAUGAUCGAGUUGAUACAUAUACAAAAGGGUUCACAUUCUGUGAAGAGGUAAAGGAUAGACUAGGAAGUCCAGUUGAUUAUCAGACAUUCUUGAAAUGUCUUCAUGAUUACAGCAGAGAAAUAAUUACAAGGGAGCAGUUACAUUCUUUGGUACGUGUAUCAUGCAUCUAAACUUAUCUUUGUUGCUCCUAUAUGACAGUAAUCUUUGCUUAUAAUUUCUGCUAUCUAUGGUUUGGUUGAUGUUCAUGCAAAUUAUAGGCUAGGCCUAAUGUUUCUACAGGAUUUUGUGGUACUAAUAUCUUUUAAAUGAUGUACAAGCCGAUCUGUUUGUUGUUUAAGCAUCAUAGAUUUAACCACUCGUUUCAGGUUGCUCAAGUACUUGGAAAACAUCCUUGUCUUAUGGAGCGUUUCAAUGUAUUUAUAUAUUGUUAUGAACGAGCUGUUGGAUUUCUUGUAGGUGUAAUGACUAAGUGGAAUGAUUCCAAGUUAGUAAAGGAAGAAGAGAAGAAGUGUAAAACUGAGGCUCCUUCAACUUAUCAAGUAAAACAAGAAACUGAAGCUCCUUCAACUUAUCAAGUAAAACAUGAAACUGAGGAUCCUUCAACUUAUCAAAUAAAACAAGAAAAUGAGGCUCGUCCACAGGGAAUUAAGUUUGAAGAAGCUGCCAGUUUUGUAGAGAAAGUAAAGGAACUUUUCCGACAGGACAACCAUGUGUAUGAAUCAUUUUUGAACAUUUUGAAGAUGUACUACAGGGAGCACGAGAACAAAUAUGAUGUCUACCAUAAGAUUGCUAUACUUUUCAAGGAUCAUUCAGAUUUACUUGAUGAGUUCGCUAAAUUCUUGCAGAUUCUUCAGCUGAUUUCAUGCUAAGGGAACGUAUUGAUCAGUUAACCAUCCUCUUUAGUUCCUUAUAAUAGUGUGAUCUGUAUUACUAAUGCUUGUGAAGGAGUUAAACUUUGAAAGAUUGAUGGAUUUCUUGGAAAUUUUUAUUCUGUUUCGAAUGCUAGAGAUUCAGUUUUAUUGGCAAUGUAAAAUGUUGGUACUA